AUGGCGAACAAUAAUGCCGACAAUCGCCAUAUUUACGAGCCAAGUGACUCGUUUGACUGGCUCAUCAAUCAUCACCGGGCAAACCUCGUAUGGCCAAUAUCGAACAGAGACUCGUUGAACUUUUGGAUCCGUUAUGUUCUUCAUCGGGACCAGGACAAGAACCUACGUGGCAGAAAGGGCUUCCGAGUAGAUUUCACGGAGCUGCAGAGAAUGCACAUGAGAAAGCUCCAAAUUAAAUUGAUCCGUCACGUAGCCUUCAUGGUAGACAAAGGACAGGAACCGGAAUCCAGCUGGGAGCAAGAUCUCCAGGCCUACAGUACGAAAACACACAAGUCGGUCCCAAGCCGCGGGCUGGCUGCUAACAUGAUCUUGACCGCAGUAAAAGCCGUCCAAGACUACGACUACAUGGUCCAAUUCAUCAGGACACGGGACGACCCCUUCAUCGCAUCCUCCGAGCGGCGGGUCGACCACAAGAUCCUCUUUGAAGAAAUGAACAAGGCUGGGAUUGACUUCGCACGACUCGCUGGUCCCGAGAUUAGCCUUCAAGGUGCGAAACCGAUGGUGAUUCCCGCCGGUCCAUGGAGCCCGAAAGACGAGCCCGUCUGGGGCAAAAGAUAUCUCAGCAACAUGAGGAGUAAAUUGAGACGUUUUUGGGAUCGUGGCAUGGCACUUGUGGCCGCCUACGCUUUCCUUCUUACACCUAUUGUGCUCAUCUUCGUUGAGACGUUGACUCCCGCCGCUACAGACACCCUUACAGCGAAUCUAGCGCCAGUCAUCAUAGUCGUCAGCUUUGUGGCCGUCUGGGUGGUAUUCAUGAUCGCGAGGGUCAAUGAAUUGAAGGAUGUUGUGCCCUUGACUGCAGGGUACGCCGCGGUGUUGGGCAUUAUUCUCAAUUCGGCCGCAGCGUUGCGACAAGCGUUGAUUUCUCAUGCUGUCAGUACUGGUAGUGGUUGA